CAAAGACAGCCGUGAGCAAGCAAAGGAAAUGGCCGCCGCGCCGCCGCACGUCCGCGCAGCCCCUCUCGCCCGCGCCCUCCGCGCGCGCGCCUCCGCCGCCGCUGCCGCCGCGCCACCCAAGCCUCAGUCUCAGGCGAAUUCCCGCCGCGCGCUGCUCGGCCUCUCCGAGCCUGACCUCCGCCAGCUCGCCCUCGACCUCGGCCAGCAAAGCUACAGGGGGAGGCAGCUGCACGACCUCCUCUACAAGUCCAGGGCCAAGCAAAUCCAAGAAUUCAACCACGUGCCCAAGGCGUUCCGGGAGGCUUUGCUCGGCGCUGGCUGGACCGUCGGCCGCUCGCCAGUGCACCAUGCCGUGACCGCCUCGGAUGGCACCACCAAGAUACUUCUCAAGUUGGAGGAUAACCGGUUGAUCGAGACAGUAGGGAUUCCUCUCGAUGACGACAACAAAGGAUCUUCUAGGCUCACUGCCUGUGUUUCAUCGCAGGUCGGCUGCCCCCUGCGUUGCUCAUUUUGUGCCACGGGCAAGGGAGGGUUUGCGAGGAACCUUCAACCACAUGAGAUUGUUGAACAGGUGUUGGUCAUCGAGGAGAUGUUCAAACACAGGGUCACAAAUGUUGUGUUCAUGGGGAUGGGUGAGCCCAUGUUGAACCUCAAGUCAGUUCUGGAAGCACACCGAUGUUUCAAUAAGGAACUGAAAAUUGGGCAAAGGAUGAUGACAAUCUCCACAGUAGGUGUUCCAAACACAAUAAAAAUGCUAGCAUCUCACAAGCUUCAGUCAACACUGGCAGUGAGCCUGCAUGCCCCAAAUCAGAAGCUACGGGAAACAAUUGUUCCUAGCGCAAAGUCUUACCCCUUGGGAGCACUAAUGGAUGACUGCAAGAGUUACUUCCUCGAAACUGGACGCAGGGUAUCCUUCGAGUACACUCUGCUAGCUGGGAUCAAUGAUGAAAAGGAGCAUGCUGAAGAACUUGCAGACCUGCUUCGUACAUGUGGAGGUGGUUAUCAUGUGAACCUAAUUCCCUAUAACCCAAUUGAAGGUUCUGAAUACAAGAGGCCAUACAGAAAAGUGGUUCAAGCGUUUGUUGAUGCAUUAGAAGCAAGGAAGAUAACUGUCAGUGUUAGACAGACCCGGGGGCUAGAUGCUAAUGCAGCCUGUGGUCAGCUGAGAAAUAAAUUCCAGAAGAAUCCGCUGCUUGAAUCUUCAACCUCAGAGCCCAAUCUCGUACCUGUAUGAUGGAAGGGCUGGAGUGCGUGUAGAUUAUAACAUUUUAAGCCUUUUCAGGCAUGAGGUUUCUGUUUUUCUGAGAAAAUAGGUGUUGUAACUAGUAAAGUCAAGCAAAUUAUGUAGACAUAAAUCUAAGGAAUUUUGGAACAUUCUGUUGUGCCCCACCAAAUCAUGUAGACAGAGCUUACAUUGGAUACCAUGAACUGCAAUUCAGAA